UUAAUAAUUAGAUAAUUGCAAUGUUUAAAUAACGCGACUUUGUCACAUAUUUUGAUAUUUCAUAAUGUUUAAGUAUUUGAAAGAAAAAGACUUACUUAUUUUAGUCAUUUGCUUUAUCGUGUAAAUAUUAUUUAGCGUCUGUAAUUUUAUUGAGUUAUUUAGUAGUUAAUUUGAAUCUGAUCAUAAAGCGCAAGUAGUUAUGGUACGUUUCAUUCCAUUUUCUAUGUUGAAAAACAGAGCGGUAUUAAGCUGUAUUUAACAGAGUUAUCUCCACUUUUAAGAAUAAAAAAACACUGCGUCAAAUGCAAAAUUAUUAAGAAUGUGCAUUUUAUUCACCAUGAAGACUAAAAGCUAUUAUAGCCAUAUACCAACAAACAAACCAAAACGAACUACAUCACGUUCACAAAUUGGUAGAGGACUGACUCUUUCCUGUUACCUUGCUCUACUGUCUACAUGCCAUACAAGAAUACAGCUGGUGCCAAGUCAACGACAGGGGCAACACCGUCCAAUUAUAAUACAAGGGCCAAAGCACAAGCCGCUGAGGACAUAUACUCCACAGAUCUAGAGGAGAUUCUGGUAAAAAUAACCGAACAACAACCAGGUGACGAUCAAACAGAGAUUGUCAACAUAACUGAACAGGAACCAGUAGCAAAUAACCAGAUAAAUUUGCAAGACACAGAACAAGCAGAAGAAGAAAUAGAAAUAGAACCAGAAGCUGAACAACAGAUAGUGCAUAUUAUUCCAAUAGUAGAGGGUAUAAGAUCAGUUUUUAAAGAACAAGUGAUGGCAGUGGGUGUACCUCAUCAUGAUCAAAACAAGCCAAAUUACAGUCAAAACUAUAGAGGAUCAAGGCAGCAGUCACUGACCAAAUGCAAGUUUUGUGGAGUUAUAAGUCUUGCCAGGAUUUUUAUAUGGUUGUGGAUAAUGAUAUGUGUGUCAGCUGACAAGGUGCACCAGAUACAGCGUAUCAAUUAUGGAGUAGUGUUUGAGAGACAACCAAAUUUACUUUCGGGUCGUGAAAAUUGGCUUCACACUUUCAAGAUUCCCCUUCCUAGCAAACAAACUGAUGGUCACUUUGAACAAUGUGAUAUUACACAUCAACAUUGUUACAUUUUAAACCAAGUCUUAUCACAACUUACUGCAAUUAGAACUCAAGUAUCAUCAAAUGUGAAUCACACAGUCGAGGUUAUUCAUAAACUUAUUCCACAUAUUGAUAUUGAAGACAAAUCCAAUACAGAAUCUAGACUAAAGCGUGGACUAUUUGACUUUAUUGGUUCAAUUUCCAAAUCUUUAUUUGGCACAGCAACUACUGAGGAUGUAAAUAGAUUAGCAAAACAUGUAAACAUUUUAAUCAGAAGAAAUAAUGAAUUUGCAAAAGAUAUUACACAUCACGAUAAAUUGUUAUCAUCAUAUAUGUCAAAAACAAAUAAGAGAUUUGAUAAUAUCAUAGUUGGUAUAAAAAACAAUUAUGAAGGUAUUCAAAAUAUCACUAAAGAAACUGCAAAAUUCAUCUCACAAUUUGAGAAACUAAGCAUCAAAUUGUCAAAAUUUUUACUCAAACAAAUGAAUGAAACAGCUGAAAUUAAUAAGUAUCUAGAAGAAUAG